CAGCUACAGCUCAUUGCAGUGCUGUAGACAGCAGGUCCUCUGUCAUAACAUUUGCGGAAUACCUGCGCCCAUCGGUGACAGCUAGAAGAAGGAUUGCAGUUGCAGAAAGAGCUGGCUGGGGGUAUGUUACACAUCAGCCGCCACGUUCGAGGCUUGCAACAGGCAGUUGUGGCUGGGAGCCGGCCAGCUGCAAGACAUCGCCAGACGAUGUGGAGAUCCCUCUCAGCUCAACCAUCGGAGACGAUAGAAGGACGUACGUCUCCGGCUGGGCACAUCGCAAAAACGAGAAACAUUGGCAUAUCUGCCCAUAUUGAUAGCGGCAAGACUACGCUUACGGAACGUAUCCUGUACUACACUGGGAGAAUCAACUCUAUCCAUGACGUCCGGGGAAAGGAUGGCGUUGGGGCAAAGAUGGACUCGAUGGACCUCGAAAGAGAAAAGGGCAUCACCAUCCAAUCUGCGGCUACCUUUUGUGAAUGGGAUAACCACCACAUCAACAUCAUUGACACGCCAGGACACGUUGAUUUCACAAUCGAGGUCGAACGAGCCCUCCGCGUUCUCGAUGGCGCCGUCUUGGUGCUGUGCGGCGUAUCUGGGGUCCAGUCUCAAUCUCUUACCGUCGACCGCCAGAUGAAGCGAUAUUCUGUACCUCGAGUAGCGUUCAUCAACAAGCUGGAUCGAGCCGGAGCGAACCCGCAAAGAGUGAUCAACGAUAUGCGCAGCCAACUCAAGCUGAACACUGCUGCCGUCCAACUGCCCAUCGGCUUGGAAGAUGGGCACGCGGGAGUUGUCGACCUCGUCUGCGGAAGGGCAUUCCAGUUUUCGGGUGUGAAAGGGGAAAACGUGGAGGAGAUUGCCGUGCCUGAGAGUAUGAAGGAUGAUGUGGUAGCUGGACGGGCGCUGCUCGUCGAAAUGAUGGCAGAUCUGGAUGAGGACGUGGCAGAACUGUUCCUGAUGGAAGAAGAGGUAGAUGAUGCCACGCUAAAGGCGGCGAUGCGACGAGCGACGGUGUCUCUCAAGUUCGUCCCAGUGUUUAUGGGAUCAGCUUACAAGAAUAAGGGAGUGCAACUGCUGCUCGACGGUGUGGUCGACUACUUGCCGAACCCGUUGGAGGUGCCCAACUUCGCGCUGGAUACAACAAAUGACGAGAAGAAGGUGCUUGUUGAGUGCUGCCCGGACUCUCCUACUCUCGCCCUGGCCUUCAAGUUGGAAGAAGGAAAGUUCGGCCAGCUCACGUACAUGCGCCUUUAUCAGGGAAGCAUCUCCAAGGGGGACAUGUUGUUCAACCUCAAUAGCGGGAAGAAGUUGAAGGUGCCACGUCUUGUGCGCAUGCACUCAUCCGAAAUGCAGGACGUCGAUACAGUGGCGGCAGGAGAUGUGGUGGCGAUGUUUGGCGUCGACUGCUCCUCCAUGGACACCUUUACCGACGGAAGGACGCAGCUGGCGAUGACUUCUAUGUUCGUGCCGGAACCUGUGAUGUCUUUAGCGAUCACUCCUAAGAAAAGCAAGAAAGGUGGAGGAAGCGACACCGCAGACAAAUUCAGCAAGGCGUUUGCCCGCUUCACCAAGGAGGACCCUACGCUCCGGGUACACACUGACGACGACAGCAAGCAAACAAUCGUGAGCGGUAUGGGCGAGCUGCAUCUGGAGGUGUAUGUAGAGCGACUGAGACGCGAGUACGAUGUUGAAACCACGGUCGGCCAGCCACAAGUAAACUACCGGGAGACGAUUACGAAGAAGGUGCCGUUCCACUACCUGCACAAGAAGCAGACGGGAGGAUCAGGGCAAUUUGCGCGCGUCAUGGGCUUCGUCGAACCUAUCCCUGACGAGACGCGCGAUGACAACAACGAUCCUGUACAGUUCGAGUUCCAAAAUCGGACAGUGGGAUCGAACAUCCCGCCGGAAUACAUCUCGUCGGUGGAAAAAGGCGCGAAGGAAGCGAUGGAGAAGGGGGCCUUAAUUGGGCAUCCAGUUCAGGGGGUUCGGGUGGUUCUCGAAGAUGGGCAGACUCACACAGUAGAUUCCAGCGACAUGGCGUUCCGUUUCGCGGCAUUGAUGGCUGUUCGAGAGUCCAUCUUGAAGGCGGGAGCGCAAGUACUGGAACCCAUCAUGUCUGUGGAGGUGAUGGCACCAAAUGACUUCCAAGGAUCUGUGAUCGGGGGCAUCAAUAAACGGUCAGGGAUCAUCCAAAACACCGACAUGAGUGACGAUGGGUCUGGUUGUGUGAUCCAGGCUGACGUUCCUUUGGCUCAGAUGUUUGGUUACUCCACGGACCUGCGAUCGUCGACUCAAGGAAAAGGGGAAUUCACCAUGGAAUACAACGAGCACAGUCCCGUGAGCAGGUAA